CCACUGAUAUGUCUGGAGUGUGAGAAAUGUUUUACAUACAAAUCAGAUCUUGUUAAACAUCAGAGAAGUCACACAGGUGAGAAGCCAUUUCCAUGUUCUGAGUGUGGGAAAUGUUUUACCUGCAAAUCACAUCUUGCUAUACAUCGACGAAGUCACACAGGUGAGAAGCCAUUUCCAUGUUCUGAGUGUGGGAAAUGUUUUUCACUGAAUUCAUAUCUUGUUAUACAUAACAGAAGUCACACAGGUGAGAAACCAUUUUCUUGCUCUGAGUGUGGGAAAUGUUUUACCUGCAAAUCACAUCUUGUUUCACAUCAGCGAAGUCACACAGGUGAAAAGCCAUUUCCAUGUUCUGAGUGUGGGCAAUGUUUUGCACACAAAUCAGCUCUUGUUAGACAUAACAGAAGUCACACAGGUGAGAAACCAUUUUCUUGCUCUGAGUGUGGGAAAUGUUUUACCUGCAAAUCACAUCUUGUUACACAUCAGCAAAGUCACACUGGUGAAAGGCCAUUUCCAUGUUCUGAGUGUGGGAAAUGUUUUACACGGAAAUUACAACUUGUUAGACAUCAGAAAAGUCACAUAGAUGAGAAGCCAUUUCCUUGCUCUGAGUGUGGGAAAUGUUUUACAAGGAUAUCAGAUCUUGUUAUACAUAACAGAAGUCACACAGGUGAGAAGCCAUUUUCUUGCUCUGUGUGUGGGAAAUGUUUUACACAAAAAUCACAUCUUGUUAUACAUCAGCGAAGUCACACAGGUGAGAGGCCAUUUCCAUGUUCUGAGUGUGGGAAAUGUUUUGCACACAAAUCAGCUCUUGUUAGACAUAACAGAAGUCACACAGGUGAGAAGCCAUUUUCUUGCUCUGAGUGCAGGAAAUGUUUUACACAGAAAUCACAACUUGUUACACAUCAGCAAAGUCACACAGGUGAGAAGCCAUUUUCUUGUUCUGUGUGCGGGAAAUGUUAUACACAAAAAUCAAAUCUUGUUACACAUCAGCAAAGUCACACAGGUGAGAGGUCAUUUUCAUACUCUGAGAAAUAAAUCAGCUCUUGUUGCACACAGUAGACAUCACUCAGGUGAGGAACAAUUUUAAUCUUCUGGAGUAUACUUAUUUCCAUGCGUUCUUCAAGUUUCUUAUCCUCUCUCCUAUGUUUUUUGCAAUAUACGUACUACCACUGGGUGAAAUAAUCAGAUGUCAUGCCAUCAUCUACCACUGCUAUGCAGAUGACCUAUCU